AUGCCUGGGAAUCUAUAUACAACCUCCCCCAACCUGGCGCAAAGCAAUCUGCAUCCCCUCAAUGAUUUCCCCUCAUCGGGCCCUCUCUCGCCUCCGUCCGAAGACGGCUCGCCAAACCAAUCGCUCGCUACAUGGGCGAACCUCGCUCGCAAACCCGACUUGAGCCUCACCCUGAACCAGAAGAUGUCUUCCAGUCCGUACGCGCACCACCAGCCCCCCGCUGGAGCUGUCACGGGGGGCCACCACUCGCCGCCGGAGCUCAACACCGCCGACCCAUAUCUGUCGGCGCAAUCCGACCCAGAGGAAAGCGACUUCCAUGCCAGCGCGAUUCGACUUACUCCCGUCAAUGGCAGUCCCAACCAUACUUCCUCGCCGUACGACGAGGCCCGUCGUCCCUCCAUCACUUCGCAGGGGGGCUAUUUGGCCCCAGGAGGAAAUGAUUAUGCGGACGCUAGUUCCAGCACCUCCACAGCGGACCAGACGGGGGGCUUCUUGGAUCCGACCGACGUGAUGGUUAAUUUCCCCGACCUUUCCACUGAGACAACGCCCUUGGUUUUCGCAGGACAGCCUGCGACUACACCCAGCAAUGCGCAAUGGCUGUCGUCCAUCCCGCUCGAUGCGACCCAGUUUCUAGAUGCAGAGCCCACCAUGCCCAGUCCAUCAUCCAUGGUGGAGGCCACAGCGGCUCAGGGCAAUCCCAACCCCGCGCUACCAACGCAGGCCUUGUUUGUCGCGCCGCAACAGUCUGGUAUCAGCUCGAACCCGGCUUAUGGCCCGUCCAGACUGACCGUCUCAACAAACCAUGUACCCAACAAUGAAUUGACCUCUCCAUCUUCGAGGGGCCGGAGUCCCAUCAUUACUAUUUCGAGGACGUCACGAGGAGACUCGCCGGAUGAGAAUGAGCCUGAAACACGACCCAGCCGAUCGCUGCUGUCACCCGCUGGCCCCGAGGAGAUGCCCAAUGGGUAUGGUGAUGAUAUCGACGACCACCACUCCAUCUCUUCUGUGUCCGUGAUUCCCUCGCAUAACGGGACUUAUGUGCGGACGCCCAAGGCGGCCCGUCGCGGCUUAGAUCCCUUUUCUGGAGGAGAUGAGUACGGACCAAGUCCGAAUGAAAUCCAGGGUAAGCGCGAGCAGGAACAGAAGAAUGCUGAGAUUGGUCGCUGGACGGAGACUGUGUUGGCGGCCAACAGCGACGCGGGCGAUGACUAUCCAGACCAAUCUCGUGGACGCAAUCAAGUGCCCAACCGGAUCCGAGCGCUCAGCACGGGAGACCGUCCCCUCCAGCAGGCGGAUUAUUUCAAUCUCAACGCGAGCGAUCGGUCAGUUCUGGGACCUGGCCGCAUGCUGCAUGAGAGUAGCGACGACGGUAUUGUCAGCGAAGAUGACUCGGAUGGGAGCACGGCACCGGAUUCCCUCCCUGCCCUAGUUGAUGACCGCGGAUCAUACGAUUACUCUACCCCGGGGGUGUACACGGCGCAGGAAGUCGCUUCUCCGGAGGAGAGCUUCCCUCUUUACCCGUGGCAAGAUGCGCCGCGCGACCCAAUGCGUAGGGCAGAGAUGAGGCAGCCUGGGAGUUCGGCAGCUGCAAUGGCCACGUACGAGAGGCGCGCGAAGGAGCAAGACGCUGCUUCGAUCACGGCGACGAUCGAUAACAACAGCAUCAUCAACUUCAGUGCCGGGUUCGAGCGGUCCUUGAGGAUCUCGGAUGCCCCCAAGAAACAUGCUAGCUGGAGCAGUAGCUUUUUCAAACGCGGGGUUCAGCAGGCCCAGCAAAGAAUUAAGCGACAAGCCUCGGACCUAUCGCUGGCAAAUGCACAUUCCAAUGUCCAACCAGGUGGCCCCGAACCACCGCAGCCUCAACGAAAGGAGAGCGCUGGCGCGAGCUACCGGCAUCGGCUGAGCUUGUCGAGUAAGCAUUCGCCGAAACCUCACAGCCGCUCUCCCAGCUUGACCAAUGCGCUCAUGUCCAUGACCGGGCAAAUGGCCGCCGUCGGGGGCAGUCAUUCCGUUCAAGCGGUGUCUCCUCACGCAGAAGCCAGUCCCAAGAGCUUCCCAGCCAAAUGGGGACGCGAUCGCGCAAAGAGCGAAGUUCCACGGCCAACCACGCCAGGCUUGCUGGAUCUCAUGACGACGCAUGGCGGGCCACCCGUGGCCAGUCUCUCCCGAUAUUGCAAAGCAGAGCCAGAUACUGUGGAGCCGUGCGCAAACAUCGCCCCGUCACUUGACGUGCCUGGCGCUGAGGAGGACGAUGAUGCGAACGUUUGCGAUGAGGACAAGGGACUUGUGAUGGAGUUCCCAGCGGUUUCCCGGUUGCCAGUGCCCACGAUGGAAGGCUUUAAGUCGCAAAUCAUGCAACUAAACCCGCAUCUUGACCCAGCGUUGAUCAACCGCUUUGCUGGCGAGCAAGUUCGGCGGUACCGCAAAUUGAUUGAAUACCAACAGAAGCAUGCUACGGCUGUAGCCAGUGGCUCGUGCAAGUCGGGCAAGUACUGCUUCGCACUGGGCGGACAAGCACGGUUGCUACCGCAACGGAAGACAGCAGCCGACAUUGAGAGUGGUCAGACCCAAUUCCGGAUCACGGACGGCCAUGAUCAGUCAUAUACCGGCAGCGAAGGGGCCGUUGCCGCGACGCAGUUCCCCCCUGGCGUCCCCCUGCCUCCCGUCGCUCGGCUACCGGCCGAAUUCGAGUGUCCCGUAUGCUUCCAAGUCAAGACCAUCCAGAAACCGUCCGAUUGGUCUAAGCAUAUCUUCGAGGACGUCCAGCCCUUCACGUGUACGUUCCCGGGCUGCAUGGAACCCAAAUCCUUCAAGCGCAAGGCCGACUGGGUUCGCCAUGAGAGCGAGCGACACCGACAACUAGAAUGGUGGUGCUGUUCAUACCAGGACUGUACACACAAGUGCUACCGUAAGAACAACUUUAUCCAGCACCUGGUUCGCGAGCAUAAACUGCCUGACCCCAAAGCUGCCCAGACCAAGGGAUUCAGUGAUGGCUCUGCGAAGAUAGUCGAUCGGCUAGUCGAGGAAUGCAAGCACACCACUCAGGACACCCCUUCUCAAGAGCCAUGCCGCUUCUGCGGAAAUAAUUGUGGCACCUGGAAGAAGUUGACGGUCCACCUGGGGAAACAUAUGGAGCAGUUGGCCAUGCCCGUUCUGGAACUUGCUAGGCAGAGCUGCGCCUCCCAGGGCCAGGGCCAGGGCCAGUCGGGGCCUGCCCAGGCUCAGGAUCCUGCCCCUACCCAGACACAAGCGUACUAUGGGGACAUUCCAAGUUUCAACUUCACCAGUAUGACAGGCGGCGAGAUCUCCAUGGAACCCGAGUCGAUAAUGGAACCAGACUCCCUGAUCGAUCCCCUGCAGCCUGGCGAUCAGUUCUCCGGGUACACGCUGGGGCCGUUCGAUCCGAACUCCCAUGCCCAAGCCACGACUUCGGCCACGCUCCACCCACAGGGCCAUGCUCUCGCUCAUUCCCAUGCCCAUGCCCAACCCCACCCCCUGCAUCAAAACUCAGUCUCAGUCUCAGUCUCAUAUCCACCCCUCUACACGCCGCCACGAUCCACAGACCAACCCAUCGCGCCAAUCGCGCCACACUCGUACUCCGUCACUUCCCAGCUGCCACCACAGGCUCAGCCAUCGCAAGCCCAAGCUCAAGCUCAAGGCCAAACUGCGGCUCCGAUUCAGGGCUCGCUAUACCAGGCGCAGCAGGCGGGGUAUCAAGCAUUCCAACCUGUGGCACCGAAUAGCCCAUACAUCUCUGGGCAGUACAGGUCGAGUUAUUCAUCGCAGAUGGGAUGA